AUGUUAUAUGAAUCUAAGAUAGAAUGUAAAAAAAAUCUAAAGGAUGUGUGUGAAAAUAAUUAUAAUGGAGAAUUAAUGAAAAAAUCAGAUGAAUUAAUGAAUUUAAUAAAAAAUGAAAAUGAAAUAAACUCAAAUGAGGAAAUAAUAAUUGAAAAUAAUUCAAAUUAUCAGAAUGAACAUAAUAAAAAAUUAAUUAAUUGUGAUUCUUUAAACGUGAAUGACAAAUUAAACUUAGAGUGUAGCCUUAGUAAAGAAGAUGAUGAAACAAUAAAAAACUCAAAAGAAGAAUCAAAAAACAGAAAUAAUGAAGAAAGACAUAUAGAAGAUAAUUAUUUAAAAUAUGAUGAUGGAAAUCCAGAAAUAAACUUUUUUAUUAAUAAGGACAAUUUAAAAAUAGCUAGAUAUGCUUGGAAAGCAAAAAAUCCCAAAGCUUACAUUUUUGCCUUACAUGGAAUAACCUCUCAUUUAAGAAAUGAAUAUCUAAAUUUUUUAGGUAGACCUAAAUGGGUUGACGAAAAAAUAAAUGAAAAAAAAGAAAAAAAGAAUAAAGAAAAUGAAAAUGAAAAUGAAAAAAAUGAAAAUGAAAAAAAUGAAAAUGAAAAAAAUGAAAAUGAAAAAAAUGAAAAUGAGAAAAAUGAAAAUGGAAAUGAGAAAAAAGAAAAUGAAAAUGUUUUUGAAGAAGAAUUAUUAAAAGAUAAAAUAAUAAAUAAAAAUAUAAAUAGUGAAGAAAUUAAUUGUAUAAAUGAAAUAUGUAAUAAUUGUAAAUAUGAAAAUAACACUAAUCAGAAUACAAAAAAAAGUAAUGAUUCUAUUAAAACAUCCCCAGAUAACACUUAUGAAAAAAAUGAUUUUUACACUGUAAAUAUAAAUUAUGAAAGUACUAGAAGUAAUAUUUCAAAUAAUAAUCUAAAUUGGAAUGAAGAUAACGAGCAAAAUGAAAUAAAAUACAAUAACGGAAAAUCUGAUGAAAAAAAAAAUGAUGUUGAACUAGAAAUGAAUGAAAAUAAUUAUAUUUCUAAUAAUAACAAAAUAGAUGUGAAUAAUGUAGUGGAUCCUAAAGAAAAGGAUAUAAGUAUAUUCUGUAAUAAAUCUAACUUUUUUAAAAAAAAAGAAUCAAAAGAAAAAAUGCAAAGUUCUAUAUCAUCUAAUAACACAAGUUACUCCCUUAAAAAUUAUAUAAAUAAUAGGAAAAAAAAAAAAAAGGAAGAGAAAGAAAAAAAUAAAUUAAAUAGUAAUUUUUUUAACGAUUGUGCUAAUGAAAAUACAGAGGAAAAUGUUCAAACUAAAAAAUUUAGUUAUGAUAGCAAUUCAGAAAACAAAAAAGAUUCCUCUAUUUUAGAAGCACAAAGCUUAUCAAAAGAUAAAAAAAAAAAUUUUCGAUAUUCAAGUGCUGAAGGAUUUGGUUUUUCUAUUUAUAAAAUGAAGAAAAAAGGUUCAAAAAAGGAAACAAAAAGUAUAUGUGAAACUAAUUCAUUAGAUGGUGAACCUAAUAAUUCGGAUACCUCCUUUUGUAGUUCAUCUGAAGUAAUUAAUAAAAGGAAUUUAGAAAAAAAGUUAACAAUGUUUUUAUCAUGUUCUUCUUGUGUAUCAAGUUUUAUAGAAGAUACACAUACACUAAACGACAGAAUAACAAGUGAAAGUUCAUGCAAUGAAUUUCCCACGAAUAAAGUUGUAGAUGAUGAUAAUGUAUUAUUAGUAGAUAAAAAUGAAACAGGAAAACCUUAUGAUUCUAAUGUGUACUAUUGUUCUAUGUGUGGUAUAUGCGAAUACUGUAAUUGUGGAAAUAGAAGCAUAUCUUAUAAAAAUAGUUGGAUAGAAAAAUUAAAUCAAAAUAAUUUUUCGUUUUUUGGUAUUGAUAAUCAAUCUCAUGGUUUAUCAGAAGGAUGGCAAAAUCAAAGAUGUUAUGUAGAUGAUUUUGAUAAUUUUAUUAUUGAUGCAAUUCAGGCCUUAGAAAUUUUAAUAAAUGAAUGGAAAGAAAAAAAUGAAUUAAAACCAAUCAUAAUUAUGGGAUUAUCAAUGGGUGGUUGCAUAGCUUUAAGAACAUUAGAAACUAUAUUUAAGUUAAAUAAAGAAUGGAAAAAUUAUAUAAAAACAUUAGUACUUAUAUCUCCCAUGAUAUGUUUGGGAAAACAAAAGAGUAAAAUUACCAAUAGACUUUUAUUUUCAGCUUCUAAAUUCCUUAAAUAUUUCUUUCCACGCUUAAAAGUUAAUGUAAAAGAAAGCAAUGCUUUGUAUCCAUGGUUAAAAUAUGAUUCUCAAAUAGAUCCAUUACAUUACUGUGGUCCAUUAAAAAUAAAAAUUGCAGCUGAAUGUGUAAGUGCAGCUGAUAACUGCUUAGAUUAUAGUAUUCUAAAAUAUGUAGAAGAAAGUGAUGUUGAUAUUAUUAUCAUUCAGUCGAAAUAUGACUGUAUUGUUGAUCCAUCAGGUACUAUUAACUUUAUGAAAAAAAUGGUACGUUUAUGUAAAAAAAAGGGAGAAAAAUUAAAAGAGAAUAUAAAAGAAAAUAUUAAAUAUAGUCAAGAAAGAAGCUUUAAUACUAAGGAAGAAAAAGAAGAUGAAAUGAAUAACAAAAAAAUUUAUAAUGAUGAUGAAGUAACUUCAAAUAUUGAAAAAAAUGAAGAUAUUAGUAAUAUAAGAAUUAAUAAUAAUUGUAGUAAUGAAAAUAAUGAUAUUAGUAAAAUAUAUGACAAAACGGAAAAUGAAAUUAAUUAUAAUCAUGAAAUAAUCAGUGACUAUUUAACAAAUAAUUGGGAAUCUGAUAAUAAAAUUUAUGCAAAUAUAAAUUUCAAUGAAGAAAUAGAAAAAGAAAAAAAACUUACAUAUGAUGAUUUAACAGAAAUAUCAAAAAAAACAGACUUACAACUUAUGUCGAGAAAAACCCUUAAUUACUCAGAUAUUAUGUAUAAUUAUGAUGAAAAAUAUUCCCUUCCCGUAAAAAAUAAAAUGGAAAUAUGGAACUCUUUUGAUCAUGGUUUUUAUAAACACAUUAAAUUAAAAAAAAAUACAAAAAGUAAAAAUGAUUUUUCAUCAGAUGAAGAAAAAUUUAAAAAUUUAACUAUUUAUAUUUUAAAAUAUGGUUGUCAUACCUUACCGGUUGAACCAAAUACAAAAGAGACAGCUAACAUUUUAGUUGAUUGGCUUAAUAAUAUACAUGAAUAA